AAUUCAGGCAGCCUCGAACUCCGCGGGUGCUUGUCAGGGUCCUCCACUGGAGGGAGCGCAGAGUCUACAGGGAUUUGCUUUUCCAGAGGCCUCAGAAUGCCCUGUCCCUGGUGGCCCCAAACCCCUGAGAAAGUUUUAGUGUGGAAGCCAGGUCGUUUGGGGUGGCAUGUCUGUGCUUGAUACUAAGUGAGGAAAAGUUGAUUGUUAUCGAGGGGGAUACAGUAAGUGGGGGUCAUCUUCUCUUCCAUCCUGGCUUUAAGGCUGGGAGCCCCAGCCCUGCAACCCCCUCUACAACGUGAUUCCCCACCCAGUGCAAGAGGCACACAUGUUCACCCCACUUUCUUCCUCUUCCUCCUCCAGCCCACUUUCUCUUCUCUGUGUCGUCAGAGCUCCAGGGAGGGACCUGGGUAGAAGAGAAGCCGGAAACAAGCAGGCUGGGCAGCCACUGCUUGCACUGGAGAGGAAGGCCGGGAAAGGAUUGUGUGUGUGAGUGUGUGUGUGUAGUGGUUUGUUUAUUUGUUUGUUUGUUUUGCUUUUUGGUGGUGGUGGUGGUAGAGGGGAGUGCUAGCAGGCCAGCCCUGAACUCACUGGACAGAGCCAGGCAGUGGACGCCGAGAAAGGGAGAAGACCGCUGAGGGGUGCUGAGGCACCCUCCAAACCCCAGACCAUGUCUCUGUGGAGUCUGGUCUCCAAGAUGUCCCCAGAAAAACUACAGCGGCUCUAUGUUGACUUUCCUCAGCACCUGAGGCAUCUCUUAGGAGACUGGCUUGAGGACCAGCCAUGGGAGUUCCUGGUCAGCUCAGAUGCCUUCUGCUGCAACGUGGCAAUCGCCCUACUUUCAGCCACUGUCCAGCGUCUUCAGGCUUCUGCAGGAGAGCAGGGAGAAGGAAACACCAUCCUGCAACACAUCAGCACCCUGGAGAGCAUAUAUCAGAGGGACCCCCUGAAGCUUGUUGCCACUUUCAGACAAAUACUUCAAGGAGAGAAAAAAGCUGUUAUGGAGCAGUUCCACCACCUGCCAAUGCCUUUCCACUGGAAGCAAGAAGAACUCAAGUUUAACACAGCCCUGCAGAGGCUGCAGCACCGAGUUAGGGAGAUCCGCCUUCUUCGAGAAGCCCUGCAUCAGGGGACUGAAGCUGGACAAGUGUCUCUGCACAGCUUGAUAGAUACUCCUGCUAAUGGGACUGAGCCAAGUGAGGCCCUGGCCACACUGCUUCAGGACACCAUUAAGGAGCUGGAGAUGGCUCAGACCCUGGUGCUGAAGAGGAUCCAGAUUUGGAAACGGCAGCAGCAGCUGGCAGGGAAUGGUGCACCCUUUGAGGAGAGCCUGGCCACGCUACAGGAGAGGUGUGAGAGCCUGGUGGACAUUUAUUCUCAGCUACAGCAGGAGGUAGGGGCAGCUGGUGGGGAGCUUGAACACAAGACCCAGGCAGCCCUGAUUCACCGGCUGGAUGAAGUCCUUCAGACCCUCGUCACCAGCUCUUUCCUGGUGGAGAAGCAGCCCCCCCAGGUUCUGAAGACUCAAACUAAGUUCCAAGCAGGAGUUCGGUUCUUGCUGGGCCUGCGGUUCCUGGGUGCUCCAGCCAAGCCUCCGCUGGUCAGAGCUGACAUGGUGACUGAGAAGCAGGCGAGGGAGCUGAGCAUGCCCCAGGGAUCUGGGGCUGGAACAGAGAGUACUGGGGAGAUCAUCAACAACACAGUACCGCUGGAGAACAGCAUUCCUGGGAACUGCUGCUCUGCCCUCUUCAAGAACCUGCUCCUGAAGAAAAUCAAGCGGUGUGAGCGAAAGGGCACUGAAUCUGUCACCGAGGAGAAGUGUGCAGUUCUCUUCUCUACCAGUUUCGUGCUCGGCCCCAACAAACUCCCUAUGCAGCUCCAGGCCCUGUCUCUGCCCUUGGUGGUCAUUGUGCAUGGCAACCAAGACAACAAUGCCAAAGCCACUAUCCUGUGGGACAAUGCCUUCUCUGAAAUGGAUCGUGUGCCCUUUGUGGUUGUUGAGCGGGUGCCUUGGGAGAAGAUGUGUGAAACUCUGAACCUCAAGUUCAUGGCUGAAGUGGGAACCAACCGGGGACUGCUCCCGGAGCACUUCCUCUUCCUGGCCCAGAAGAUCUUCAAUGACAACAGCCUUAGCAUGGAGACCUUCCAGCACCGCUGUGUGUCCUGGUCACAGUUUAACAAGGAGAUCCUGCUGGGCCGGGGCUUCACCUUUUGGCAGUGGUUUGAUGGUGUCCUAGACCUCACCAAACGCUGUCUCCGGAGCUACUGGUCAGACCGGCUGAUCAUCGGCUUCAUCAGCAAGCAGUAUGUCACUAACCUCCUUCUCAAUGAGCCCGAUGGAACCUUCCUGCUCCGCUUCAGUGACUCAGAGAUUGGGGGCAUCACCAUUGCUCACGUCAUCAGGGGCCAGGAUGGUUCACCACAGAUAGAGAACAUCCAGCCAUUUUCUGCCAAAGACUUGUCCAUUCGUUCACUGGGGGACCGAAUCCGGGAUCUUGCUCAGCUCAAAAACCUCUACCCCAAGAAACCCAAAGAUGAGGCCUUCCGGAGCCACUACAAGCCUGAACAGAUGGGUAAGGAUGGCAGGGGCUAUGUCCCAGCUACCAUCAAGAUGACUGUAGAAAGGGACCAGCCCCUCCCCACCCCAGAGCCCCAGAUGCCUGCCAUGAUGCCCUCUUAUGAUCUUGGAAUGACCCCUGAUCCCUCCAUGAGCAUGCAGCUCAGCCAAGACAGGAUGCCCCCAUUGUACCCCCAACAUUCUCAUUCCAUCCCAUCGUAUCAAGGCCUCCCCCAAGAAGAGUCAGUCAAUGUGCUACCAGCCUUUCAGGAGCCUCACAUGCAGAUGCCCCCUCCGCUGAGCCAGAUAAGCCUGUCCUUUGACCAGCCUCACCCCCAGAGCCUGCUGCCAUGCCAGCCUCAGGAGCACACAGCUGUAGAUGUGACCAUGGAUGAAGACAGCUGCCUAACCCAGCCAGUGGGAAGGUACCACCAAGGCACUUGGGUUGAUGAAGACAUGUUCCCUGCCCUGCUGCCUCCCACUGAACAGGACCUCACCAAGCUUCUCCUAGAAGGCCAAGGAGAGGCAGGGGGAGGGUCCUUGGGACCCCAGCCCCUCCUGCAGCCCUCCCCCUAUGGGCAGCCUGGGAUCUCAAUGUCCCACCUGGACCUAAGAGCCAACCCCAGUUGGUGAUGGGGCAAACCCGUGACAACUCUCCUGUCUCCGUGGAUCUGCUCCAGAUAGCUGCUCAGAGGUGCCUGCCAUCUCCAGCUGCUCCGGGAGGAAAAGACUGCCAGGGGAAUAUUUGGAGGGGAAAGCUAUUCUUCAUCUUUCUUCCUUCCUACCACACACCAGUGUUCCCUUUCUUCCACCACUGGAAGAAAUCCAGGGUCCAAGACGAGAUACGCUCUAACAUGCCUGCUCCUGCAACACACACACUGCUCCCUGUGGAGGCCGAGGCUGAGAAAAGGGUAGCUAGGCAAGAGCACGGGUUAGGGCAUAGAAGGCUUUUCCACUCACUCAGAGCCAGAGCCUAUGACAUCCGUGUAGACAGGUGCACACAUCUGCACUAGAAGCCAGGGACAAGACAGCGUGGGCCUGGGUGUCAGCUCUCGGGGCACAGGGAAGGAGCGUAGUGGAGCCUGUGAGGAGUCUGGGCAUGUAGUAACCGAUAAGGAUUUUGCUGGUAACAAAAUGUAAAUUCCCCCAGGCCUCAGAUUCUUGUCAGAUGGAGGCUUGGGAUACAGGUGAGAACGUGUGAAGUGCUAGGGCCAAGCUUCUUUGUGCGCAGCUGUGUGAAAAUGUAUAUACUCAGACUUGCUAACAUAUAGAGGUGACGUUACAUGACUGCAGAACGUGCGUCUGUGUGCCUUCACCUGUGACAACACAAAUUUGAAAGCGAGACACUGCAUAAUGCACAGCACGUACGGUAGCCUCUGACAUAUAAUCCCAAUGUCCUGGAUGUGACUGUACGCAAGUGGGCCUACAGAUCUACAAAGGACUACGGCUUCGGUGGCUCCAUACCCUCCAUGUUACUCAGAGCCAGGGCGUGGGAGUGGCCUCCAGGCUUCACUGUGUGGCCCCUUCAGGGUGGCUCUGCCCACUGCUUCUCUUCUAGUUCCCCACCCACUGCCAGCUUCCCUCCACCCCAUGCCACCCAUUUUCUCUCUUGGCAGGGGGGUCAUGGAUCCUAAGCCAUAAAAUAAAUUUUAUUCCAAAAUAACAAAAUAAAUAAUCUACUGUACACAAUCUGAAAAGAAA